GUGAGUUUGGAAACACAAACGCGAGCGCGCGUAAUUCAAGGUGGGGUGAUUAUUAUCUAAUUAUUCUAAUAAACAGUCAGAACUACCUAUUUAGGUUAAUUUUUGUAGGGAAAGUUUCCAAAGUAUCCCGGGCAAGUUAAACAUCGACACCACUUCCAGAUGUUACCGGCGGCCCUCAGAAAACGAAACUUGCACUGAAAUUGAAAUUGUGUGAUUUCAUAUGGGUGUGCGUCCGUGAAUGGUAAAGUAGAUGAGUAAGUGAAAACAGCAAAGCAAAACCAAGCUCUCAAUCUCAACAGUUUUGGAAAGUGACACAAAAAGUACAGCAAGUUCAUUAGUACAAGUGUUGCAUUAUUUUGGUAAGCUGACGCCAUGCAUAAAUCUGAUCCGUAAUGGACUAUGGCCCACCUCUCUCUGGAACCUUGCUGUAGUGGUUCUGGCUCUUACUUGUAUACAGCAGUUUCCCUUUUCAUUCAUGGUCUCCUUUGCAGAGGCUUUGACUGCUUUUGCUGAAAUGCUUCCUUUACCAGCAGGGGUUCCUCUUUUAAUAAGAGAGAUGGCAGCUUCUUUUCUCUGUGGUCUUUCUUUCUUUAUCAUUGUUCUUCACCUGCGCCGUUACCUUCUCCGUAUGUUGCUGGCUUACAGAGGUUGGAUGUAUGAGCCACCAAGAAAACAAUCAGCUGUGACUCUGGCAUGGGGAGUGCUGGUUAGGCUUGUUACGGGCAGCCACCCAACACUGUUUAGCUACCAAAGAAGCCUUCCUCGCUUGUCGGUUCCCCCAUUGAAGGAUACAUUAAACAAACUGCUGGUCUCACUGAAGCCGUUGUAUAUAGAUCAUGAAGAUGAAUUUACCAAACUGAAAGUGGAGGCUGCAGAAUUUGAGAAAACAUUGGGCCCAAAACUCCAGAAUGCACUGGUGUUGAAGUCAUGGUGGGCACCCAACUAUGUAUCUGAUUGGUGGCAGAAGUAUGUGUACCUGAUGGGCCGCAGCCCUCUACCCAUCAACAGCAACUACUAUAUUAUGGACCAGUGUAACUGGACACCCACAACCUCACAAACUACAAGAGCGGCCGCUGUCCUUUAUCAGAUUAUGUUGGUAAAGCAGAUGAUUGAGAGGCAGUCAAUGGAGCCACUUGUUAUCCGCAAGACGAUACCUAUUUGCAUGGCGCAGUAUGAAAACAUCUUUUGUACAACAAGAAUACCAGGAGAAGAAAUUGACACCCUGCUACAUCAAGAAAUACUGGAUUCAAGGCAUGUGGCCGUGUACUGUAAGGGUGUCAUGUACAAAGUGAAUGUGUAUGAUCACCAAAGAAGAAUCCUGGCACCACAGACUCUAGAACAGAUGUUGGAUUGGAUUGUUAAAGAUGCAGAAAACUAUCAAGAGGAAUAUACAGAGGAACAGAAAAGUAUAGCAGCUUUAACAUCUCUGGAUAGAACAAGUUGGUGGAGAGUACGCAAAGAACACUUCGGUUCUGGGAUCAACAAGGAGUCCCUGGAUACUGUGGAGUCUGCCAUAUUUUUUGUGGUGCUAGACUCUAACUCAUUUCCACACCAUGCUUUAUCUGGACGUGGAUCAUAUUUAUUACAUGGAGAUGGACGGUGCCUGUGGUUUGACAAAUCCUUCAACCUUGUUGUCUUUGAGAAUGGAAAGAUGGGUAUAAACUGUGAACAUUCACAUGCUGAUGCACCUGCUUUGGGACACAUGAUGGAGUACAACAUGUUACAAGAGGCUUACACAAUCCACUAUCCAGACCGUGUUACUCCUGUUACUAAUGCCUCAACAAAAUAUCAGCCACCCAUCCGUUUGAUUUGGGAGAUUGGACCAGUUCUGAGAGCCCAGAUUUUGCGAGCACUUUCAUGUCAUCAGCAGAACAUAGAAAACUUGGACCUUGUUCUUGCUGAUCAUAAUAGCUUUGGCAAAGGAUUUAUCAAAACAUGCAAGGUUAGUCCUGAUGCAUUUAUUCAGAUGGCAUUGCAGGUGACUUACCUAAAAAAUGCCGGAAAGCAAGCAUUGACUUAUGAGGCCUCUAUGACACGUCUUUACCUGCAUGGUCGUACAGAAACUGUACGCUCUCUUUCUGUGGAAGCAGCUGCCUUUGCUAAAGCUUUUGUUGAUAAGACAGUCAGUGCAAAGGAGAAGCAGAGGCUGCUGAAGAAAGCUUGUGAGAAUCACCAGAUAUUGUACAAAGAUGCCAUGAAUGGCAAGGGCAUUGAUCGUCAUCUUUUUGCUCUCUAUGUAGUUAGCCGAGGCCUCAACGUGGAGAGUGAGUUUCUGAAGAAGGUUCUUAGCAUCCCUUGGACACUGUCCACUAGCCAGCAGCCCCAGCAGCAGAUAGCUUCAGCCCCUGACUGCAGUCAUCCAGACUUCAACGACAUGGUGUCACCUGGAGGUGGCUUUGGUCCUGUGUCAGACGAUGGUUAUGGUGUGUCAUACAUGUUGCCAAAUGAUCAGCGCAUUUUUUUCCAUGUUUCCUCGAAACGUUCACAGCCAGCAACUGACUCCAGUAAAUUCAUGGCUCAGCUGUUCCAGACCCUGAAGGAGAUGCGUGAACUUUUUGAUGAACAGUCUUCCACACAAGCCUAACAUUCAUUGUUCUUUUCAAGAUAUGCUGUUGCUCAGAGCUUCUUUGCCGACUGCCCUUUACAACUCAGGGCUAUCAGUGACAUUUUCCAAGCAUAUUUUGAUUCAGAUUGUUUUACUUGUUAUUUAAGUCAUAGUUAGUUACAUUUGGGAUGAUGAAGCUGUAGAAUUAAAGUCCUUUUGAACUUCUCUUGAAGUUGCAGCAUUGUACUUAAUAUCUGCUCUACAAGAGGAUCUCCAUGACAUACCAUAUGUCAGGUCAAUGUGCAGACCAUGUUUCUGAUCAAAGCGCUUUUUGAAGGGAUCAGAUUUCUGGGUAAAUAUGUGAUUUGCAACAAACUUUGGUCAUGAAAGACCUCACUCUCCAUGAAAAAGCUGAUCAUAUUGCACGGGUUUAUAUGCAGGUAGAUUUAAGGAAGUAUAGUUCUCUAUAAAUAAAAGGAAUGGCAAAAACAAGUGGAGAAAGUAAAAGACCUGCCAAGAAGUCAUCUAUUUAUUUAACAUUUAUUGAAUACAACUGUCAAGGGUUAUUUUUCAUUAGGGUGGACAAGUCUGAUUCAUCAGUUAAAGCUUGUUUUUUUUAAAAAAAACUGGGAAUUGUGGUAGCAUUAUUUAUAAUAGUGAGGCUUUUAAAAUAAAGUUAAUGGACUUCAAGACUUGGGAAAUGGUUGUUAUUUUAUAAACAAGAUAAACAUCGCAACAAAUUAGAACAAUAUUAGAUUCUGCGCUUGGUAAUUACAGGGAGCAAGGAUGUUAAAAUUCAUUUUUUACUGGCAGAUAAUGAAAUGAAAAAAAACCCCAAAUCAACGACAAAAGAAAAAGGUGUUCUGUGUCAUUGACAGAUUUUUUUUCCAGUAUUUAAUGUCUUAUAUUAUCAUAAAACAGCAAAGAAAAGAAAAUACCAUAAAGGUUUUUAGUGUAUGAAUUUUGUCUCCGGACAUUGCUUCAGCUUUCAUAUGGGGAAGUUUCAUAUAUAUUUUACAUUUUAUUAACUUAAUGGAUGAAGUGCAAAUGUUUUAGCUCUUCUUUUGUUUGGGUUUUUUCUUAUUAUGACAGAAAGUUAUGGAUUAUUCUUAUAUGCAGCAGCAAAAUAUAUGAAACAAGAUGCACAUGUUAAACAUUUUAUAGAUUCUUAUGCUUGUUUUCUUUUUGGCGAUGUGUGACAAUGAAAAUUUUGAAGCAUUUUAAUCCAUAACCAUUGCAUGUUGAUUGCAGAUUCAAUGCAAGGAGUUUUCUCCUCGUUUUACUUUAAAACAAAUUUUUUGCACUGUUUUUAGGAUUCUUGAACAUGAUCAAACACUACUAGUCACAGCACUUUUAAAUGAUCACAGUGCUUUGUUCAUGACUUUUUACUUCAAAUGAUAUUAUCAGAGCUUAAAAUUAUUUUUGAAAUGUAACACGCAUGCUGUAUUUUUCUAUAAUUGUAAUUUAAUGGCUGUAGCUUUACUCAUCAAUCAUAAAUCUUUUAGAUAUGGUGGCUUAGAAUAUGUUACAGGUGUACAUUGAAAGCUUGCCAACUAGUACAAUGCACUUUUACUGCAUAAAGAUGGGAAAAACGGUUAUCUGAUUCAUCUGUGAUAGAGUGGGAGACAGAAUUGUGAGAGACAGUAAAGUUAGUUUGUGUGGGAGGUGUACCAAGUAGAUGUUUUUACAGGUAGUGAACUGUAUUAGAGGUUGAAAUAUAAAUGAUGAUUAUUGCUGCAUGAUUCUGCAUGGAUUGAAUAUUGUAGAUUAGACUUUGUGGCACAUGUUUACAUUAUUAAAGAUUUAUAGCCUUGGUGAAACCGGUGAAAAUGACUUAGGCCAGUUUUUCUUUAUGUGUCUAAGUACUGCUUAAAAUUUGAUUACUUAUUGAUUAUUUAAAAGAUAUUUAUCUAGUUGAAAAACGUGUUUGAAAUGCUGGCAAUGUGUUUGGUAAAAAUUUUUUUAACUUAUAAAUUGCUAUUUCUUUAUGGAUCAAAUUUUUUCACUUCUUGAUGAGGAUGUCAGUAUUUCUUGUUUGAUUGUCAAACAUAAUCCAUGUGCUUGUAAUGGUGUCAUCUUGAAGUGGUCAUCAACUUAAAACAAAAAUUAAGCUGCAAAAUCAUGGAUAAGCGCUCUUUGUUCUUAUUCAUUCAUGUAUUAUGAUUUUAUUGUUGUUGGUACGACAAUAAUGUUUGCUUAGAAAACCAGGUACCUUCAACUGAUAUGCUGAGUACUUAUGACAAUCCAUUAUGAUUUAUAAAAUAAAAAUAAAUAAAAGCCGUGGUCACACAACU